AAAAAAAUUUUAAGGUUAGAAAAUUUAACGUGAUUUUUCACUUUCUCCUUCCAAAAUAAUUUUCACGUAUAUUUUGUGUGCCAAGUUUCAUUUUUUCAAAAAAAUAUAUAAAACUGCCGUUACAAAACUAUUUUUAGUGCAAAGUUUAAUCGUAUUCUGUAUUUAUUUGGCAAUUGAAAAUGCAGCCUAUUGCGCAUCUAGUUAAAGUUACUAUUCCUGAUUAUCUGGGCAACCUUCCCAUUCCUGAUAGUAUUGGAGGAUGGUUUCGAUUAAGCUUCAAGGAUUGGUUGGCUUUGAUUCCCCCAACUGCCGUUGCCGCAGGCUUAGGUUAUACUUUUUACAAAGCUUUCUGUCCCAAAGCUAGAGAAGGUGGCCCCAGAAGAGUAAACCAUGUAGUUCAACUCAGCAACCCUAAAGUUGUUGACGCCAUUGAUGUAGAAGAUAUUGCUGAUCAAGCUGCGUUCUGUAGAUGCUGGAAAAGCAAAAAUUGGCCCUACUGUGAUGGUACUCAUGCUACUCACAAUAAACAACAUGGCGACAAUGUUGGACCAGUUAUUGUUAAGAAAAAAAAGUAAAGUCCUGUGAUAACAAAAUUGAAAAAAAUCUGGUAGUAGUGAAAUUAACAUUGUAUGUGAAUAUUAAUAUUUUCCUUUAAAUUUUUUUUGGUUUCAAGUCCAUUAUUGACCUAGUUUUGGGAAAAAUUAUUAUAUUGUUGCAUUCUCAAUUUAUUACAUUUUAUCCGUAGGUAUAUGUAGGUAAUUUUUUUUUUUGGAAAAUAAAUGAAUCAUGUUAGCUUAUUGUUCAUUUUGUUGGUUUAUAGAAAACUAUACAAACACUAUCAUUAUCAUCCUGGAGG